AUGCACGGACACGCCCGCCCCCUCCACCUGCGCCUCAGCCUCGGCGACGAAUCCGUGUCCGGACCACAGGACGCGGUGAGCGUUGGAGAGGAGCAUCUCCUGUAUUAUACCUGCAUCUUCGGCCAGGCCACGCGGAGGCGUUUUGGGGCAGGCGGCUGCUUCGUGCACUCGGUGAGCAUAGCGCUCGCGCCGAACCUUUCACGCCGGUCAACGCACUUACUGGGCCUAUCUGGGGUCGGCGCGAAGGCGGACCAGGCGCUGGAGUGGGGGAUCCCCCUCGUUGACGUCGCGCGGCUGGCCCGGUCAUUCAAUGCGCGGACGGGCGAGAUCCCGCUCGCACCACCGUUGUGCAUGCCUGAUGUGGACGAGCUCAAUCCCGCCGGCGGAACCGGUUGUGCCGCAACAUAUGCAACCCCCGGUAUGAAGGGCAAGGAGAAGGCGAUGGAGGCGAUGAUGGUAGACAUCACGAACGCGGAAACUUAA